AUGGACUCUGAUGAAGAAUGUGACAGCAUCUAUGAAUAUGGGAGCGAUGAUCUGGAAUACAACUCCGAGUCUGAGGUUGAACAUAACAACAAUGAUCCCGUCGUGCCUGUCCCCAUUAAUGGUGAAAAUCAGAGUAAUGGUGUUGAAGGUAGAAUAUUCAACAGGGUUUAUUUUUGUUAUCCUGUUUCUUACACCGGUAAGACACAUCUGGAAAACGGCAAUCUGAUUAUAAUGCCUUCGUCGGCUCUGGAUAGUCUCCUGGACAUGGAGGUUAAUCACCCUAUGAUGUUCGAAAUCGAAAAUAAGGUGUUCGGACGGCGAUCUCACUGCGGAGUUAGUGAGUUCACUGCAGAAGAAGGUAGGGUUUUCUUACCAAAUUGGUUAAUGCAAUGUAUGGAACUGAAAGAUGGAGAUACUAUUGAUAUCAGAAGUAGAAAUCUUCCUCAUGGAACCUAUUUAAAGCUGCAACCUCAUUCCAUGGAUUUCUUAGCCCUCCCUGACCCUAAAUAUGUAUUAGAAGAAUGUUUGAGUAACAAGUUCUUCUGUUUGACUACUGGAGAAACUAUAAAGAUCAACUAUAACAGUAAAGAUUUCUACUUUAAUGUUAUAGAAACCAAACCGCCUUUUGCUAUUAGUAUAAUUAAUACAGAUUGCGAACUGGACUUGGCUUGCCCUUUUGAUUAUAAAGAGCCUGAAAAACCUGCUGUAAAGCAAGAAAAGGUGGUAGCUAUGGCGGACAAACCUGCUGCAAAACAAGAAAAGGUGAUAGCUAUGGCGGAGAAGCCAGAGUUUGUUGCAUUCACUGGUUUGGGUAGACGAUUAGAUGGGAAAUCUUCAACUGAACAGACAGCGCGUACAACGGCAGUUGCUGCUGCAGUUAGGAAACGGUUAGAUGAGCAGACAAGCAAAACGGAAGAGGUUUUUGAAGCAGAGAAAUCCAAGAAAGAACAGUUUCAGCCAUUCACUGGUGCUAUGUACUCGUUGAGAAGUUGA